AAUGUCCCGACCCAGUCUUUGGGAAUGACUGAUAUACAGUAUGCAGGCUAGACACAACAACCACAAUGUGUGUGUGUAAUAUUAGUGAGUUAAAAUGGCUUUUUUUCUUUCAUCUUUAUUGCAGCUCGGAGUCCAGCGUCUCUUCAGGGCCCGCGGACCAUCCGAGCCUUUGGAUCCGAGGAGAGGUUCCAGAAAGACUUUGAUGCCCAUCGGGACUUGCACUCACUAUUAGAUUCACUGCUCAUCAAUACGAAGCUUCUGCGAGGCGCGUCAGUCCAGCGUCGAUAACCUAGGCCCGGUUCCUGUCGCCGACCACCUCUCGCCGACCGUCUCGACGGCAUCUGCUCCAUCUUUGUUACCGUCACCGCCUUUGGCUGCCUGCUGCUAAGAGACCAGAUGGACGCCGGCUCCGUUGGUUCCAGUGGGGGGUUCAGGAUGAGUGCAGAGGUGGAGAACCUGAUGAUGCCAUUUGAGAGAGCGAAGCACCCUGGGAAACCCAGAAGCGUCCUCUUCCCGAUUGGCCCAGCAAAGGCCCGGCGACCUUCGACCGGGUCAGCUUCUCCUACGGCGGCGACGGACCGCCGGUGCUGCAGAACCUGACAGCGAUGUUCCGCCCCAAAGAGAAGGGGAAGAUCUUCAUCGACUGGGUUCUGACCUCUGAGUUCGGCCUCCACGACCUGCGCCAGAAGAUAUCCAUCAUUCCUCAGGAGCCCGUGCUGUUUACAGACUCCACGAGGAAGAACUCCAGCAGCCGGCGUGUCUGGCCAGAGCCGUCCCGAGGAGGAACUGCAUCCCGGUCAUCGUCGAGGCCACGGCCAACGUGGACCCCAGGUACUAACAUCUAUGACGUGUGUCUACAUGACAGACGAGCCAGAGAACCAGUUCAGAGAAUGCACCGCGCUCAUCGUCUCAACACCAUCAUAGACAGCGACAGGAUACCGGUGAGUCCUCUUACUCAUAUAGCUCUAUAA